AGGGCAGAGUGUGACCUGCACCCCAGAAUUAAGCUCCAAGGAGAGCUGUGAACAACCCCAGAGUCCGGCUUGCCAGUGCGGGGUAUUUGGGACGCUCCACUGCGCCCUCCGGGGAGGGCGGGACGGUUUAUGUCAGGCGGAAACAAAGGGUAGGGGCAGGAGGAAGCGACAUUAUCCCGUGUGUACAGGCGUCUGUCCCGGCUGUGCUGAGGAGCUGGGAUUCAAGGCUCUUGCAGCUGCUUCUGCAAAGGUGGAAGAAGCAGCCCGGACUUCUCUGUUUUGCAGUCGGCUGAUCGCUGCUAUUGAGCACAUCACAGGAAAGCGCGGAGGCUGCGGGGAGAAAGGGUAGAGCAAGUGAAGCAGAGCAGCCGAUGGGUUUCUGCUCCGUGUAACAGCACAGGCUCAGUAGUUUUAACAUAGACCAACACGUGGAUGAGAACUUUCAGACUCCCUCCAAAUAUUUUGAAUUAGAGAAGAAGAAAUGAAUCCUGCAAAGGAGAGUGGAACAUCCAGAGACAUAUAUGACUGGGACUAUGUUCUGUGGGAAGUUCGUUUGAAGUUACUAGCAGCUGGUUUUUUUAUCUACCUGGGAGUAUUUCUUCUAGCUCACUGGUUGUCAUCAUGGAUCAGUACCAGUUAUCGCACUUUGUCAGGAAUGGAGAAGGCCUUCUGGAAUAUGGAUAUGACACGUAGCCUGUUUGCAGUUCAGAGUUGUGGAGCUGGCUUGUGGGCCUUGCUCAUAGAUCCAGUUUUUCAAGCUGACCAAGUGUAUUCACAGCAAAAGUGGAGCUAUUUUCAUUGCUUAAUAGCCGCUGGCUACUUUUUACUUGACAAUUUAGUUCUUCAUGUGUCUUAUAUUGUUUUCAGGAUUUUUGAUGUGCUCUUAGUGCUUCAUCAUUUAUUUGCAUUUGGUGGGAUUCUUGUUGUGAUAACAAACAUAACGUCUGGACACUAUCUAAUCCUGGUGGGACUGCUACUUGAGAUGAGUUCUCCUUCAACUUGCGUCUCCCAUGUGCUUUUAAAGACUGGCUAUGCUAACACCUUUUUGUGGAAGGCAAACCAAUGGAUACUGAUCCACAUGUGUCACUGCCGCAUGGUCCUUUCUUAUCACAUGUUGUGGGUGUGUAUUUCCAAUUGGAAUGAUGUGGUAGACAAUAUUGGACUUCCAUAUUUUAUUGUCUUUUUCAUGGGGUUAAGUAUACUUACAUUAAUAAUGAAUCCAUACUGGACAUACAAAACAACUGAGAAGUUCUUCCGUCCAGUUGAUGGGAACUCUUCAAAUACAGCAGUGAAAAUAAAUCUUCUGGUAAAUUAAAUAGUGAAACAUUUCAGAAGAUGAUGAUGAUAUAGUGCUGCAACAGCUGUUGGGUAACUGGAAAAUAUGUCUGGAAGAAUGUGGCGCAGGUUUAAUUUAGUUUGAGCAUAAUAUAGUAAAAUCUCAUUCUGGGGGAAGUGGCAAGUUAGUGAUAGAAACACAAGGUAUGUAAAAUCUACAGAAUCAUAAUUUCAGUGGCAAGAGGGACUAACUGCCUACCCUCCCCCUCACAUCCUUCAGCUGCCAUCUCCAAGUCCUCCAGCUGGUGGAAAUUUUGAUAAUAUAACUUUGUCAAAAAUGGGUCAAGUUAGGGCUUUUGAAUAAUAUCCUUCUCCCAUGCACAUAUUGGUGACAAACCUAAAACAAUUAUGUACAUAUCU